ACGAUGACAAAUGACAACAGACAAGAAAGCAUUCCCAAUUUUUAAACUCAAAUAUAAAAGAAAAGAAAAGAAUGUACGGACGAAAUUCAGUUAUUUUCUUUCAAAUUUUUCGACGACCGGCUGUCCUGUCUUGUCGUUGUUUAAGUAAGAACCGACCAGAUCCUUUAGUGGAUAAGAUUUUGAGAGUAGAUCAUGCUGGAGAAAUCGGCGCCAACAAAAUAUACGAGGGACAAAUGGCUGUGUUGGGGGAUACAAAAUGUGCACCUGUUAUUAAGGAAAUGUGGGACCAAGAGAAAGAGCAUGUCAGAAAAUUUGAAGAACUUUUACCAAAAUAUCGCGCACGACCAACACUUUUGCUUCCCCUUUGGAAUGUUGCUGGAUAUGCCUUAGGAGCUGGAACAGCUUUGUUCGGUGAAAAAGCAGCAAUGGCUUGUACAGUCGCAGUUGAAGAGGUCAUUGGUGAACAUUACGACAACCAAUUACGAGAGCUACUUGAAGAUCCUGAAUCUCUUGAAACACAUGAAGAAUUGCUAAGUGUGAUUCAAAAGUUUCGCGAUGAAGAAUUAGAACACCUGGAAACGGGAUUAGAACAUGAUGCUGUCGAAGCUCCGUUUUACUCCAGUCUCAAGAAGAUUAUACAGCUCGGUUGUCGUACUGCAAUUUGGGUGGCGGAAAAAAUAUGACUGAUGACGAAUGUCUUCUUUGUAUGCGAAAAUGAAACUAGUUUUUCCACGAAUGUUCGAAACUGUUGCCUGGUACAUGAAUCUUCUGUUUGAGACUUCAUUUGAAAGAAAAAGUCAAAACGUGGUAGUGAAAUUUUCGUAUUUUCAGCACUUCAAUUAAUGUAAUUCUAACGUAUCGUAGUUCUUUCUGUAAACAUUGGUUUAAUCCUGAUGAUUUACGUACUGACGAGUUAAUAGUGAUUAAUAUUUCAUGUAAACUACAGCAUAAAUAAAUGUGACACUUUUCUAUAAA